CUGGUCACCAAACAUAAAAAUUAAACAAGUACAAAAGUGUUUUAGUAACACUCAAAAUAGUAAACUAAGGUGAUAUGAUGAUGGGGAUGAAGUUUUUCUCUUUUUACGUUGUACUUCUUCUAGUUGCAGCUAGCUCGGGGAUGCGGAUAAAUGGGCAGAGCGUUUCGUGUCUAAACCAACUUGCUCCAUGCCUAAAUUACCUGAAUGGGACCAAGGAAGUACCUCAAGUUUGUUGUAAUCCUCUCAAAUCAGUGAUAAGGAACAAUCCAGAGUGCUUGUGCCGUAUGAUUAGUAACCGUUGGAGUUCUCAAGCCGAGCGAGCUGGCAUCGAUGUCAAUGAUGCUCAAAUGUUGCCUGCUCGAUGUGGAGAACAUGUCAAUCCCAUUGCUUGCUUGACUCGUUCUAGAGGAGGAUCUACAAACUCAGACCGAAGUUCCUCCAUUGGCAACACCUUUUCUCAGUCCUAUUGGAUGACAACAUUAGCUAUUGCAGCCACUGUUUUGUCAUAUUGCCAUCACAUAAUUAGCUGAAUCUCUCAUUGUCUAUAGCAGCUUUGCUUUGCUUUGCUUAAUUAAGACGGUUGAUUCUUUGUUUUUUUAAUGCUCUAUUAGUUAAUUAUGAUUAUUGGUCGUCACCAACACAUUGUAUGUACCACUUCGUCCCCAUAAAUAGUCUAAAUCCAUUUCUAUUAGUUAAGAAUGUGAAACAUCAUGCUCAUGUAGUCAUGUUGCAACAAAUCAAGCACCAAUCAAUC